UCAGUGCUGCUAUCGCCGCCUAUCACCUUCUGUUUGCUAAGUAGCUAUCUGUACGGGGAAAGUGGGUGUAAUGGGUAGAUGCCGACGCUAACCAUAGCGAAAUAACGCGUCUGGCUAAAACAGCAGCCCCAUCAAAACCACAACCAUGUUUGGUCGGUCACGGAGCUGGGUUGGAGGACAGGGGAGGACGAAAAACAUCCACUCCUUGGACCAUCUGAAGUAUAUGUACCAUGUCCUGACUAAAAAUACCACAGUGACAGACCACAACCGAAACCUACUGGUGGAGACCAUCCGCUCCAUCACAGAGAUCCUCAUCUGGGGGGACCAGAAUGACAGCUCUGUGUUUGACUUCUUCCUGGAGAAGAACAUGUUUGCCUUCUUCCUGAACAUCCUGCGCCAAAAGUCGGGACGCUACGUCUGCGUCCAGCUCCUGCAGACCCUCAACAUACUGUUUGAGAACAUCAGUCAUGAGACGUCCUUAUAUUACCUCUUGUCGAACAACCACGUCAACUCCAUCAUCGUUCACAAGUUUGACUUUUCAGAUGAGGAGAUCAUGGCCUACUAUAUCUCCUUCCUCAAGACCCUGUCACUCAAACUCAACAACCACACCGUGCACUUCUUCUACAAUGAGCACACUAAUGACUUUGCCCUGUACACCGAGGCCAUUAAGUUUUUCAACCACCCAGAAAGCAUGGUCCGCAUCGCAGUCCGCACCAUCACACUCAACGUCUACAAAGUGGACAACCAACACAUGCUACACUACAUUCGAGAUAAGACAGCGGUCCCAUACUUCAGCAACUUGGUGUGGUUUAUCGGUAGCCAUGUCAUUGAAUUGGACAAGUGUGUGCAGACAGAUGAGGAACAUAAGAACAGAGGAAAGUUAAGUGACCUGGUAGCGGAACACCUGGACCACCUUCACUACCUGAACGACAUCCUCAUUAUCAACUGUGAAUUCCUCAACGAUGUUUUGACAGACCACCUCCUCAACCGUCUGUUCCUGCCCCUCUAUGUAUACUCUUUGGUGAGCCCCGAGACGUCGGAGGAUCGAAAAAUCAACCCUCAGGUGUCCCUAUACCUGCUUUCUCAGGUGUUUCUGAUCAUCCACUAUCAGCCACUGGUCAACGCCCUGGCUGACGUUAUUCUAAACGGGGACCUGUCUGUCUUUACCCCACAGACAGACAUACACAGCACACAUAAGAACACGGCCAGUGCAGGAGGAGUGCGUCGGUUCACCAAGCCCCCAGAGUCUCUUGAGCGCUCCCUGGAACUGUCCCGCCACCGUGGCCGCAAGAGAACCCAGAAGAGGCCGAACUACAAGAACCUGGGGGAGGAGGAGGACGACGAAAGGGCUGGGGGAGGGGGAGGAGGAGGAGGAGGAGGAGGAGGCGGCGGUGGUGGUCUCGGAGGAGAAGAGAGCUGGGAUGACAACAGCAGAGGAGGAGAGAGGGAGAGGGAGAAGGGAAAAGGUACAGAGGGAGUAGGAGGAGGAGGAGGUGGGAGUUCUAAGGGAAGCAGAGCGAGUGGGGAGACGGCGGAAGAGAUAGAGAUGGUGGUGAUGGAGAAGUGUAAAGUAUCAGAGCUGACGGAACAGAACAUCACUGAUGAGGAGAAGACCGCUGCAGCCACACGCACACAUGCACAGAGGAGCAGACCAUUCUUAGACAUGGUGUACAGUGCCCUUGACUGUACUGACGAUGACUACCACGCCCUGUUUGUCCUCUGCCUGCUUUAUGCUGUCUCACACAGCAAAGGUAUAAACCGUGAUCUACUGGAGAGGCUGCAGCUGCCAGUUCCUGACCAGGAGAGGAGCUCCUACAGCCUGGUGCUGGUAGAGAGACUAAUCAGAGUUAUGAACCAGGCAGCACAGCCAGAUGGUAAAGUGCGUCUAGCUACACUGGAGCUGAGCUGCCUUUUAUUAAAGCAGUCUGUCCUGUCUGGAAACCACUGUAUAAUCAAAGACGUUCAUCUGGCUUGCCUAGAGGGUGCAAGAGAAGAAAGUCUGCAUUUACUGAGAAGAUUCUACAAGGGAGAGGAGAUCUUUCUGGACAUGUUUGAAGAUGAAUACAGGAGCAUGACGAGUAAACCUCUGAAUGUGGAGUAUCUAAUGAUGGAUGCUUCAAUACUGCUGCCACCCACCGGCACCCCUUUGACCGGUAUCGACUUUGUCAAGAGACUGCCCUGCGGAGACGUGGAGAAGACACGGAGGGCGAUCCGUGUGUUUUUCAUGUUGAGGUCGCUGUCGCUUCAGCUUCAGGGAGAACCUGAGACGCAGCUGCCUCUGACCAGACCUGAAGACCUUAUCAAGACAGAUGACGUCUUAGACCUCAAUAACAGUGACCUGAUAGCCUGUAUGGUGGUCAGUAAAGAUGGCGGCCAGGCCCAGAGGUUCCUCGCUGUAGAUGUGUACCAGAUGAGUCUGGUGGAACCAGAAACCAAACGCCUUGGAUGGGGUGUAGUCAAGUUUGCUGGACUCUUGCAAGACAUGCAGGUGUCUGGCGUCGAGGAUGACAGCAGGGCGUUGAACAUCGUCAUCCAUAAGCCAAGCUCCAAUCCCCACGCCAAGCCCCUGCCCAUCCUACAGGCCAACUUCAUCUUCGCGGACCACAUCCGCUGCAUCAUCGCCAAGCAGAGGCUUGCCAAAGGUCGCAUCCAGGCCCGACGAAUGAAGAUGCAGAGGAUCGCUGCACUUUUGGACCUGCCAGUGCAGCCCAGCGCAACAGAGGUUUUGGGUUUUGGUCAGACAGCCAACGCUUCGCCCAGCGGCCUGCCGUUCCGAUUCUACGAGCAGUCGAGGCGGGCCCCCAACGACCCCACAGCAAACAGAUCAGUCUUUGCCUCUGUCGAUAAAGUACCAGGUUUUGCAGUGGCUCACUGUGUGUCACAGCACAGUCCCUCGCCCCUCUCCUCCCCUUCUCCUCCCUCCAGUGGGAGUGGAAGCACAGGAAGAUGCGACUCUGUUACUGCAAGCACUAUAUCAGCUCAGAGCCCUACAGAUGAUGGUGCGUUUUUGGAACACACCACGCCCUCCUCCUCGGGUGGAGAAGGGGAAGGAGGAGGUGGAGAGGUAAUGCUGGUCUCCUCUGCUCCCUCGACCCCAAUCCCGGCUCCAACCCUGGCCCCAAGCCUCACCCCGGCCUCGCAGCCCACCAUCUCCCUCCUCACCGACAACAGCGCCGACACCCUGAGUGUGGAGUCGCUCACGCUGCUCCCCCCCGCCGACUCACCACACCUGCACCCGUGCGCCGGCCACGUUCCCCAGACACACUCCCUCCAGAGACCGGAUGCCUCCAUCGCAGAAGAGGAGGAGGAGGAGGCUGAGGAGGAUGGGGAAGGGAAAGGAGAGCAAAGGGUAGAGGAGGAGCUGCAAGAGGAGGAGGGGUCGCCGAUGGACGAGACGGAGACAGAUGCAACGGUAAAAGAGGAAACCACGACGACGGAGUUGGUCACACCCACUGACGAUGCACCGGAGGGACCAGAGGGUGGAGAUGAGCGAGAAGGUGACAACACAUCUCUAGAGGUGGAUAGAGACUCCGUAGAGAACACAGGAGACGCUGAGAGACACACUGAAACACCAGACUCACCUGAAUUGGAUUAAGCAACACACACAUACACACAUACACACACACACACACACACACACAUUCAUGCACUUAAACUCAUCUCUAACUGACACAGAAGACAGUGAAGUGUGAUAGUUAAAACUAUCCAGCUUGGCUGCAGUAUAUUUUCUUGUUGCGACCUGUAGGUAGUGUGUGAUGUGGAUAGUCCAAGAGGCUUUUGGAGGCAUCUCAACUUUUGUGUUUGCACAUGAAGAAAGACUCUUUAAUGCACAGAGAGAACAGAGGACGAGACAGACACUGGUUCAACUCCAGGGAGGCUCAAAGCACAUUUCGGGAUUUUUGUGCACUCGAGUGUGUCCGGUCGUGUGUGUGUGUGUGCGCGCGCUGCGUGAGUGUUUUUAGCACGUGUGUGUCAAUGCGCGCAACCAGCAACGUUUUUUACUCAUUCUGAUUGAUUGAUUGUCAGCUCAAAGACACACACAGACGCACACGCCACAUGCUGUUGCUGCUGUGAGCUGUUAAUCCGCUCGUGAGGUUUUAAAAAAAACCUUUCCUAUCUUUCGUGUCUCAUGUUCACAUAACAGUUCACCACUAAUGUUUUGUGGUGGUGAUACUAUGCUAACACACACACUAUACAUACAGAACACACAGAAUCAGCUGCACUAGUCUUUUAGCCACUGCAUGUCAGACCAGUUAGCAGUUACUGCCACCUAGAACUGCCACUGGGUAGAUGUGUGUGUUCCACAGUUGGUUUAAUUUUCAUUCUUCCACAUGUAAAGUAACGAUCCAUUAAUUUCCCAUUUUCUAAUAGGUGUCUAUGACCUGCAACAUCUUGAGCAAGGAGGGAGCAGGCAUCAAGCUGUAAACGUUCGUGUAAUAGUAACCUAAUAUUUUUUUAAGCGGCCAUCUUGUGUUCUGCUAGUAAACAUUUGGAUUACUUCAUGUGGAAUUGUGACAUGAAGUGUGUGAAAAGUUGCUUUUUAGUUGCACACAUUUGGGUUUCCACCAUAGCAAACGUCUAGAGCUGGCAGUUUAGGAAAAGUCGGAUCCACAGGUUGCUUGAAUGCAGUGUGGACAAGCUUCUUUUUUUUUUCACAUAUGCAACAGAAAUCAAUGAAUCUUCUUUCCUAAAUCUGUGGUUCAUAGCUUGUGGGGAUUAGAUGACGUGUGUUCAUUCAGUGAGUUAAUUCACCUAUCAGCAGCCUGACUGAUAGAAUGAAUGGUUUGAAAGAUGUGAAUGGAGCAAAGGCUUCUGAAUAUAUAAUGCAGAGCCAUUAACUGAGUAGUAGUAGUCAGUGACUCAGUAUCUCUUGAGUCAGUCCAUGUAUUGAUUCAUUCAUUCAUUUUACAUGGAACUCAAAUAUAACAUCCUGUUUUAGUGGUUGAAAAACUGAGCUAUUUCAGAUUGUUUGAUACAUUUAGAAAAAAAGAUUAAAAAGUAUCAAAUCAAACUCUGACAGACUCAUAGGGUGAUGCAGUAUAAUAGCGAUUUGUGAUGUUAGAUGUUUCAAGUUCAAAGAGUCAUGAGAAACCAUUUGAAAUAAUGUCAGCAUCUUCAGGUCUACGCACCGCUACGACAACACUGGGUUGAAUGUAUCUGCCAGUUGCUCCUCAGGUGCAGUUUUAUCCUCCAUGUUUUAGGUGAUGGGUUGAAAUAGAUUGGGAGCAUCUUCUCAGAAAUUUGCCUAAUGGAUUGUCAAAUCCAUUUGGUGAUGAGCCAUAUAGCAUCCAUUCUCCAGGAAAGAAAAUUAUGUGGAUAAUGUAGUGAAUACCCUCCAAAAAACCUUCAAACACGAGGUUUGGAUCAUAUUUUUAUCCCAAAAAGCCAUGUUUAAAACCUGGAAAUACAGAAGUAAUAACAUUAGGUUUAAUGUCAGUCUAUGGGAAACAAGAUGCUGUCCUGAUGUCAGCCUCUAGGGGCAAAUCCCCUCUUCACCUUUAAUCAGCUGAAUAAAGCUUUACUACUGCAAUAAUCUUAAGAGCUAACCAACGAGGGGAGAGUCGAAUGUAACGGACAACUUACCUCUCCAAACAGCGGUGUUAUUUGAUCAGUUUGGGGAUAAUUGGAUCACUGUAUUUUAACCUUAACUCAUGACUUGAUUUGUAAAUUCUUAGUUAGGAACAAAGCACACACACAGAUUGUUUAAAUCAGUCCUUCUCCCCGUGUCAUCUUUUUUUAAAUCCUUUUAUUCUUGCUGCUUUUCUCUCCUUCCUUUGCUUUCCAGCUCACUCUCUUCUAGUCUGUGCCAUCAUCAUACAGCUGAAGUCUUAACGCUUGAUCAUUCUUAUUUUUUAACUCUGUACAGUCAUCGACAAGUUUGUAAGUGAGAAAUUCAGAGCAAUACUGAGUCUGUCCCUUAGUAUUUCCAUCUGGCUACUGUAAAUAGCAGAGGAAUGAUAGUGAUGAUCACUGACAUGCUGAGGAGGCUUGGCACUGUCUGUAGAGCUGAUGCUGACGGUUUGGAGGAACUCAACGUGCCGCCAUGUUGUCUUCCAACAUGGCGGCACGUUGAGUUUGCCUAUAACCACCAGCAACCUCUAUCAAAACAUGCCGUGACAAGCUUCCAUUAUUAAGUCUCUGAUUGUAUGUGUGUGUAUGUAAAAUGUUUGUAUGCCCUGUAAAUGCUUUUGGCUUUUAAACCUGUAAUUAUUGUUAAUGAACUAAAACAGAGGAAUAAAUAAAGAACUGCAAUAAAUUAUUCUACUUAACAACAGUGA